AUGUCUCUUUUGAUUUCCUUCUUCAUUGGAAUUCAGAUGCUUCACCUGGUGGUUACUUCUCCACCUUUUCGCUUUCUUCCCGCAACGUGCAAUUCUUCGGAGGUAAAGGUAGCUGCAGAAACGGCUCUAAACAAACUCAACGCACAUCGUAAAGAAGGCUACGUUCUUGGCCUCCAGCGCAUUUUUGAUGUCCAUGAAAUACUCCAGUGGAUGGGUGGCUCUCUUUUCUACAUCACCUUGGAUGUAUUAGAAACUGAAUGCCAUGUCCAGAGCAGAAAAUUGUGGAAAGAGUGCAAAAUUAGAGAUGCACAUGAGACAGUCUAUGGCCAAUGUAAAGUAAUUAUUCAUUUCAACGAGAAUUCAAAUCAUUCACAAUUGUACAGUUAUGACUGUGUUUUACGCCCACUUUCUUCAGCGGCUAUGGCAAAAAUUUGCCCUGAUUGUUCAACCCCUGGAGAUCCUUCUGAAGCCACAUUUUGGGAAACAGCAGCCGAGAGCCUGGCCAAAUUCAAUGCUGAAAGCAACCAUGUUCACUAUUUCACCAUCCUCAAUGUCACCAAAGCCAGAUCACAGUGGGUUAUUGGUCCUUCCAACUUUGUGGAGUACACCAUCCAAGAGACCUCUUGUCCCAAAAGCCAGCCAGUGUCUGUCGCCACUAAGUGUCCUCUGCUCCCACCCAAUACUGCAGAGGCAGGCCUAUGCAAAGGCUCUGUGGUGAACAGUCGGAUUGAAAAUCGGAAAUUUGUCACUGUAAAAUGCCAUUUCUUCCCACACCUGCCACCAGUUACAGAUGAACAAACUCCACAGUCUGGGUCUAAACCUGGGCAGGAGGAACAUCAUGAUGACGACGGUAAAAGACACAGAAAUCACCACGAAGAGGACAGGCACCAUCAUCGCCACUCCCAUCCCCACCACCACAAACAUCAUGGACAUAAGCAUGAAGACCAGGAGCCACACUAUCCUGACCGCUCAGCUAAUAUCACUAAGAUGCUACCAGGCCAGAAGGAAAUAUUGGGGCGGGUGGUCAUUCAUCCUCCUUCAAGCAAGCAUGUCUCGCUACAUUCCUUACCAGAAGUCCAGGAGCCCAAAUCAACCUCUAAAUCCAGUUUGACGUCUCCAGAACAGGAGGCCAGUCCUCAGUCAGUACAGUCAACCAAGCCAGCCAUUCCUCCCUUCCCCGGUAGGUUUUCAGAAUCGCCAUCGUGCCCAGGAGACCUUGCAAUAGAGAUCUAUGGCCUUCAACUGCCUUCACCCUCAUAG